UAACUCCAAAACCCUUUUUAUUUCCUUCAUUAUCAAAGUGAAGCUAUGUCGUCUCUGCUUCUCAGCCUCUCUUCCAAACCCUCUCUCCGCAAACUUGCUUUGAGAUGCCAAACCCUUCGGAUGUUCUCCGCCUCAACCACCAACCCUUACUUGUUGCAUCGAGCCAGUGAAGAAUCCCAACUGACAGAGUUCGUCAUGUUUGACCCGGCCAAGGAAGAGUAUUCCAGCAUCGUUGAUAAGCCACUUCCCAAAUAUUUGUUUAAGUCUAGGCUGGUGGGAAGUUCCCAUGGAUGGGGCGUUUAUCUCAGCUCCCCUGACUCCAUUGUAAUCAGUGACUAUCCCUCGAGCUCCAAAUCAAACCCCAAGAUUAUCCCUCUGCCUCCUCGGCCAAAUGUAAUUGGUUCUCAAACUGAAUUGGUAAGUGGUGUGGCAAUCUCCUCUUCUCCUGAAGAGGAAGACUGCAUUAUUGCUGUCAAGUACACGGGACGUCCGGUGAGUAUAUAUACGCCCGGUAGAGCCCAUAAGGGGUUCCUCCUCGCUAUGUCUACUGGAUUAUUCGAUUAUUUUGAGCAGUCAAAAUUGAUGUAUUCCAAGAGGGACCAAAGGUUCUACAUGCCAAGUUCUGGUGGCCACCACUUGUGGUCUUGGGGUGGUCUCUCAGGCACCACGCCUCAGUACCAUGAGUUAAAAUUUCAUAACCUUCCUCAGCUUUCCCAAACUGAGUUGCAGCUUUUGGAUUCCUGUUACAGGACACACGAGCUUGUGGAGUCUUCUUCAGGGCAACGUUUCCUAGUCAAAUGGUAUGUCGAAAGCCCUGCGAUGAAGUAUUUAGCAUUCAGUUGUGGCGGCACAAAGCGGUUCAUGGUUUUUAGAGAGGAGGAAGAUAUGAACAUGUCUUACACAGAAGACAUUGGUGAUCUCUGCAUAUUCCUCGGCAAUAACGAGCCUUUUUGUGUCACGGCCAGCUCAUUCCCUGGCCUAAAACCUAAUUCCAUCUAUUUCCUCGGUGAAGGGUAUGGUGAAGGCUACGGUGUUUACGAUAUCGCCACUAUAACCCCACGUUCCUUCACACCCAAGUCUACACCAGGUUUCUGCUCGGGACAAAUUGUCCUCCCUUAUUGGAUCCCUCCAGUCCAGUGUCUCUCUAGCUAGUUACAUGCAUGCCCUUCACUAGUUAUGUAUGCCUAGAUUAUGUUGUGUAUACAAG